AUGGAGGAGAGUUGCUGCACAUGUGCAACGCUCCUUAAGAACAUAUUAUUACAAUACGACGAAAAGAGUGAGAAACCGAAGGCCCUUGACCGGCGAUUAGACUGCUGCGGUAGAGUUAUUUGCGGGAAUUGUAUAGCUAACAACCGUCGAUUUGCUACAUACUGUCCAUUCUGUCAAGUUUCUACAACGCCGGCUCCUUUACCUCAAGGCCUCCGAGAUCCGCCUUCUUAUACCCCCCCAUCUUCUUCGAAACUGUCACCUCCCUUUCAAGAUCCGCCAGCAUAUUCCGACGAGCUGCCUUCGUACUCGUCCCUCACGAGCACACAGACCCCAUCACCAGAGAAAGGUUCGAGUUUACAAUCAGAAGACGUCCUGCACUUUUUAGACCACGAGCACGAUAAUCUCACCUCUCUAUCUCUGCGGUAUGGGGUGCCUAUUGCAGCUUUAAGAAGGGCAAACAACAUUACAUCGGAUCAUUUACUGCUUGCUCGGCGAACGAUCCUUAUACCCGGAGAGUUUUAUAAAGCAGGAGUUAGUUUAAGUCCACGCCCUAUUGAAGGUGAAGAGGAAGAGAGGAGGAAAGUAACUGUAAGGAGAUGGAUGGUCGCAUGUAAAGUCUCGGAAUACGAUGUGGCGUUAUUAUAUUUAAAGGAGGUCGACUACGACCUUGAGGCUGCUAUCGAAGCCUACAAAGAUGAUGAGAGAUGGGAGAAGGAACAUCCAAUAGAAGCCAACGUGAAAGGGAAAGCGAAGACGAGGAACGAUGCAGGUAAAAGAAGGUUCACCGAACAAAGACCAUGA